GGGCGAGGAGUGGGGUGGGGUGGGGUGGCUCCAGGCUGGGGAGGGGGGCCUGUAGCCCCAGGCUGAGGGGAGGGUCCAGGCGGGGGGCGGGCCCGGGGGCGGGCCCAGGCUCCGGGGUGCAGGCGGGCAGCAGGCCGGCGGGCCCCGGGCGCCAUGGACCUGCUGUCGGCGCUGAGUCUGGGGGAGCUGGCGCUCAGCUUCUCCCGAGUCCCCCUGUUCCCCGUCUUCGACCUCAGCUAUUACAUCGUGUCCAUCCUCUACCUCAAAUAUGAGCCAGGGGUGGUGGAGCUGUCCCGGCGGCACCCCGUGGCCUCCUGGCUGUGUGCCAUGCUGCACUGCUUCGGCAGCUACGUCCUGGCUGACCUGCUGCUGGGGGAGCCUGUCCUGGACUGUUUCGGCAACACCGCCAGCGUGCUGCUGGCCUCGGCCGUCUGGUACCUGACUUUCUUCUGCCCCCUGGACCUCUUCUAUAAGUGUGUGGCCUUCCUGCCACUGAAGCUCGUGUUUGUGGCUAUGAAGGAAGUCGUGCGUGUGCGAAAGAUUGCGGCUGGCACCCACCACGCCCACCACCACUACCACCACGGCUGGUUCAUCAUGGUGGCCACCGGCUGGGUCAAAGGGUCCGGGGUGGCCCUCAUGUCCAACGUGGAGCAGCUGGUCCGGGGUGUCUGGAAGCCGGAGGCCAACGAGUUACUUCACAUGUCCUUCCCCACCAAGGCCAGCCUGUGCGGGGCUGUGCUGUUCACCCUUCAGCAGACGCGCUGGCUGCCUGUGGCCAAGGCCACCCUCAUCUUCCUCUUCACACUCUUCAUGGUCUCCUGCAAGGUGUUCCUGACGGCCACCCACUCCCAUCACUCUCCCUUCGACUUCCUGGAGAGCUACAUCUGCCCCGUGCUUUUCGGGGGGUCCUGGGGGGCCGACCCCCACCACCAUGACAAUCACGGGGGCCCCCACGGGGGAGGCGCCCCCCACUCGGCCCUGCCCACCAAGUCCAAGGAGGAGCUGAGUGAAUGCACCCGGAAAAAGAAGACUAAGAAGGCAGAGUAGGGGGCCAGGGAAGGGGCUCCGGGCAGGGGGGACCCUUCCUCUCUCUGCCAGAACCUUGCCCCCCCAACAAUCAUAACUGUUUUUCAGGGCGGGGGAGCCUCUCUACUGCAGCCAUACCUCCCACCUGACGGGACCCCGGGGGGCUGUUGUAAUCACCCCCACCCUCCCCCACCAAGGGCCGUCUACCUGGACUCACUCACCCGACGGCCAUUUAUUUAUUUGCCUGUAUGUUUAUUCCCCCCAGCUUCCUCCUCCAUGCAGCCACAGGGAUUUCAGCCCCUGGAAGGGUAGGCAAGGCCUCCCCCUACUCCCAACUCAGUGGAGAGCCCCCCCCCCCCACCACAAAGCAAGCCUUAGAAACUUGGACCUCAUGCCUGGGAUGCCCCCCCAGCCCUCUCUGAUGCCCCCACCCCCACAUGGACAGGCCUCUCGCAAGUUCACAUCCGCCUUCACAGCCGUCAGUUACUCAGGCAACAGUCGACCUGGGGCCAAACUCCCUUGUCACCCUCCUGGAAUCCUGGGGCUCCCCAGCCCUGAGUGCUCGAACCCAGACCUUCAGCUGGACGCGGGGUGGGGGGUCUGGGAGGUAGCACAGAUGUCAGGAAGUGCCUUGUGGGGGCAGCGGGUACACGUGGAGGCCACAAGCCCUCAAUUCUCUGACGAGCGGAGGACGUUUGCCAAUAAACUUGUGUGACAA